AUGCAGGCCUAUAUCCCUUUACCUGACGCUGAUCAGCGCAAGCAAAUUCUCUCUUUAGUGCUGUCCGAAGAAAACGUGUUUCUAGACUUUGAUGAUUCUGAGCUGAAACUUUUCGCCAGCACUCCCACUGAAGGCUUGUCAGGCAGCGAUCUAGUCGAAGUGUGUCGCCAAGCUGCUUUGGAGCGUUUAAAAGAAGAACUUAAAGGUCAAACCGGCCUCCAGUGA